CUCGAUUCGAUGAUGGAGAUCACCCUCGCGCACGUGGACGCGAGGAUCGACCGCGGGGACGACGCCGCGGUGAGCGACGCGUUGCUUCGAACGUUCGUGUCCACGCUUCUGCCGGCGCACAAGUCAAAGUUCACGCAGUUUAUUCUCUUCCACGCGUGCGCGCGCGACGCGGCCGGGAUCCAAGGGAAUGAAGGCGAAGGCGGCGAGCUCGCGUCGAGGGUCGUGGAGGUUCUGCUGGAGCGUUUGACGGACCCGCACCACCCGCCGGCGGGGCGGUUGGCGGCGACGGCGUAUCUGGCGUCGUUUUUAGCGCGCGCGACGUUUCUCUCGGCGGCGUUUAUGUCGAGCGUCCUGCGGAGGCUGACCGCGUGGUGCGUCGCGACGCGAGAGUUCGCGAACGCGUCGAGCGCGACGCUCGCGGUCUUCGACAGCGCGUGCCAGGCUCUGAUGUACGUCCUGUGUUACCGCAUGACGGAUAUUCUCGACGUCGGCGACGAGCCAGCGACGACGCUUCGCGCGCUGCCGUUGAGGGAGAUUUUAUACAGCAAGCUGAACCCGACGCACACGUGCUUGCCGUCCGUGGUGACGGAGUUUUUGCACCGCGCCGUGGAGGCGGGCGUGGACGGGUUCGACGAGCAGCUUUUGGAGAAGCACCGGAGGGAGCGGAAGGAAAAAGACGCCGCGACGGCGGGCGGCGGCGGAAACGGCGGAAACGGCGGAAACGGCGGAAAUGGAAACGGAAACGCCGCGCUCGCGCGCACGCAAAGCACCGUCGUCCUCGGCAGCGAAGUCGCGGAGGCGGUGCGGCAUCGCCGCCCGCUCCGGAUGUUCUUCCCGUUCGACCCGUACCUCCUCCGACGAAGCGCCGGGCGCCUGAGGCUUCCGUCGACGUACGUGACGUGGCGAGGCAGCGCGCGACGCGCCGGCGCCGGCGCCGGCGCUGGCGCCGGCGACGGCGACCGCGAGGGCAGCGGCAGCGAUCUCGACGACGACGACGACGACGACGACGACGAGGUCAUCACGUCCUCGAGCGAGUCCGAGUCCGACGGCCGCGGCAGCGGCGGCGGCAUCGGACGCCGCGGACGCAGCGGCAGCCGCAGCAGCUCGCACAUGGGAAGCGUCGGCGCCGGUCGAAUCGGGAGCCUCCCGAACUCGCUGAACCCGCGCCCGCGGAAGUUGACCCGAGCGAACCUCGGCCC